AUGGAAACAUUUGCCGUUUGUCCGAUAAAAGCGCUCGCAAGCACUAGUUUGAGAAGUAAUGACAAUCUUAGCAAGAUUUAUACGUUUGCCAACCAGUCCCAUCAACAUCUUAAAAACAGUACCCUCUGGUUUUACCGCUAUAAUUAUCCCCCACCAAAAAAACAUAUUGCUAUUUUCUGGCGACCUCCCAGCUUGGGUUCUCAGGUUUUGGUCGGGAUGGCUAUAAAGCAAGCUCAAAAGACAGUGGCUCACAUAAAACCGUACAUUAGCUAUGGCAGGACCCAUAUGGUAGCUACAGGGGGAGCGUCUAAAGCGCUUAACCAAGGCCCCAAUAUUGGAUUGGAGUUUUGUGUCAUGUUGGACUCUUGCACUAUGCGUAUCCAUUUCAAGCAUGAAAUCGGAUACUCGCUUCUUUUUGCCAUUUGGUAUACCGUUCAAGUAAUCUACUUGAACGAGUAUCGGAAGCUUGUUGCUUCCGGUGAUUACCCUUUCGGCAGAAUCCCAGAUGGGGCAACCAGACGAGAUAUUCUCAGAGGUUUCUGGACACACCUUUUCGAACAGUUUCGAGAAUUCUUUAUUUUGGAUUUCAACAUCGUAAAUUGGAAGAAUGUUUUGCAGCUCACUCUGGAAAAUGCUAAUCCAGAGAGAUCGCUGCAAAAGAUCAAUUCUUCCAACGAUACGAUUGAUAACGCUGAAACCCCACUUGAAACACUCAAGACUUCUAUUCCGUUUGAUAUCAAUACUAUCACUUUAAAAGAUGAAAUCAAGACUUUGACAACAGAAGCUAGGACCAGGGAGGGAGAUGACACCAAACGGUACUAUCUUUAUUAUGGCAUACUUGAUUUUUUUACUAAAAAAGAUGAUAAAAAAACAAAGACAUUACUGAAGACUAAUUAUGAUAAAUGGAGGGAAGACAUCAUUUCUAGCUGUACCGACACUAUCCGCUACGCACCAUCAAAUAUGUCUUUUUCUCCUAAUAAUGCUUACGACUAUGCGAAGAAUUCGAUAGUGGCGAAAGUACUCAAAAUACAAAAGCAACAGUUCAAAUAUCCUUCUCAAAUGAACGAAUACACAUUUGUACUUUGCUGCUUAACCAGUUGUUUCCCUCGUGUUUAA